AUGAAGGAUUUUCAAAGAAUUAAGAAACACGAUUACUUCAGAGGUCCUAAUUUUGCGACUUUCCACUGCAGACAUGUGUCUGACCUCUCAGAGGAUACUGAUACAGGUCAGGAAGAGGUUAGCAGAGGUUUGGAGGAGGUCAGUAAAGGUAAGGAGGAGGUCAGCAGAGGCCAAAGAAGAAGGGAAGAGUCCAACCGUAGCUUUAUCAACUGGAACCGUCCAGAGGACAAUAAAAAAACUCUCUGGGAUUCGGAGGCCCAUCAGAAUGUCCUGUGGGGCGUCGAGGACCGACGAAGCGUCCUCUGGGGACGGGAGGAUCGAAGUGUUCCGUCGAGAAAUCAGUCGGACGAUGAAGACACGAAAAAACGAACUCCAAGAUUUGAUAAAGCAGAAAGUUCUUCUAAGCUUCAGCCUGAGCGGAAGCUGACCUACUCGGCUGAAGACGUAAAAAGGUUGGCGAGCGAGGCGGAGAUAUUGGUUUUAAGGCGGAAGCGUAUCGGAAAAAGUUCAGACUCUGAUGGGGAUCGACGGAAGCGAGAAUGGCGGAAAUCUCUACCAUGCCGCCUUGAGCUAAUGCCGAGGAUUGGAUAUAGAAGUGGACACGGCAGGAUGGGCGGAGGGUUGGAGCACUUUAACAGAAUGGAACAAGGCGACAAGGAGUUUAUGUCGACUGGGAUGGAUAUGUCGACUAGUAUGAACAUGUCGACUAGUUCAGAUAGUUUCUAUGCGAGUUCAGGAGAUCUCCAAUCUAAAAUUGAGGAGUCAAGUUCAACUGAAGCUCUGAUAACCGGAGAAGAAGCUGAGAAUAACCCGGAGACAGCGGAGCUCCGAAACCUGAACCUGAACCUAAACCUGGAUCAAGAUAUGUCCAGGACUAGAGAUCCAACGAAAACCGAUGAAAUCGGCCUCGAGGAGAACUGGUUUAAGAACUUGAACCUAGAGCAGAUAAAAGUUGAGACCGGAGACUGGAACUCAGAUUCGGAGUUUGGAGAUUCUAUCUCAACCUGCUCCAGCUCAAACUCCGGCUAUACCCGGGGCAAGGACGGGAGUAGAAGAGAGGACGGGAGCAACCAUAGUUCAUCAGAGUCGCAACUUUGGGAUAAGGAGGACUAUUUGAGUGAAUACCAGUACGAGGAAAAUGUGGACGAGGAGGGAAUCCGGACUAUUCUAAGUCUAGGAGAGGACUAUUCAGGGCUCAAGGACGACGACACUCUACUAGCAGAAGACGAGUUUAAACUAGGAAAAAGUGAAAUGGACGACGACUACAGCUUAAAGUGUAUGGACGAUUAUCUUUUAUGUGAUGAGGACUAUUCCCAGUGUAUUAGGAGGGAGGACGAUUUGUCCAGUUCUCCCGAAGAUGUGAAAGACGACAUUAACGAUGAAGAUUUGAACGACAGUGGAAUAAAUUUGAUAUCGCCGGUGAAUACCCAAAAGUGCUAUGCCUCUAAAUCUCCUCGUAAAGAAUGGAAAUCCGGGAAAUGUUUGAAGACGGGAACCGAGAAGAAAGAAAAUGCGCAAAAUUCCUCCGAAAUUUCUCGAUUGAAAUCUCGGAUAGAUUCGGUGAAAUUUGCACUUGAACAGAUUAUACACAGUAGAAGAGACGGGGUUACAACAGAAGAAAGUUUUCAACACGACAACAACAAAAUUAACAAGUGUGAGUUACUGUUCCAACUAAAACGAGAUGUAUUCGAUCUAAACCUCUGGGUUCAUAAACUAGAAACAGAAGAGAACACUGCUAACCUCCGGGAGAUAAAACAAGAGGUUGUUGACCUCUACGCUCUACUAAGAAAGGCAAAAAAUGCCUCCAGUGAAGAUGACAGAGAGGACAAGGUUACUGUAAAGCCUCGAAGACGGAGGAUUAAGAAGAGGACAAGUAUCAAGGAUCCUGAGGUUCAGAGGAUAGAGGACAGUGGGUACUCGGAUACCUUCACCGAACCUAAGGUUGGCCUCGGACCUGGGGUAGGACCGGAGGCUGGUGGUAGGACUACCUGGGGUAGAAUAGGACGGUUCUGUUUAUAUUCCUGUUUCCUGGUGGCUGCUCUUCUACCUAUAGCUGUUUAUUCACAGGCUCGUUGCUGUGAAAACCUAAACUACCAUUCUUCCUGGGUUCAGCUCAGCUAUGUCAACGGUCCUCCACCAAUAUAGAGAGAAGGGGAUUUAAUAUUGAAACCAAGAUUAAGUUUAAUCUUUGAUCCUUCCUGGAUUUCCUGUAUCUGUGAUUUUACAAGUUUUGACCAAAAAACCGUGAAAGUGCCUUCACUCUCCACUCAACAGUAUUCUAUUUGAAUCGAAAUAGUGCAGUGAAGUAAUUCAUAUUCAUAUGCAAAGUACAGUACUGUAUUUACUUUCAGUUUUAAGGAUUACUGUGCUGUACUAAUGUUUAAUUAAUGUACACAAUUGUACAUUGUACAUUGUACAGCUAUUUACAAAAAGCCAACGAAGCCUAACUGCCUUUACACUUAUACUAUUUUCCAAUUGUGAAAAUCAAGGAUGAAUUCCUAAUUUGGGACACCCUGUAUCCCUUGUAGUAGAUACAAGAUCUUUUAAUUAAUAUCUGAGUGGAACAUAAUAAUAAGAAAGAAUGUGUUUGUACAUGAUUAUUUACAAUUUUUAAAGAAACGUUUGCACUUUUUUUUUAAAAGCGCCGUAAGCUUAUCAGUCUUACUUUAGUUAAGAUUUUAGAUUUAGCAGAAUUGGUCGCUACUAAUUCGCAUUUAUUUAGUCUACUCUUUGUUUUCAAAUUAUACCACUAGUAUUUGUUUCGUGUAAAGCAUGAAGUUAGUUUAAACUUAUUUCCCAUAGAAGUAUUUUUUUCUCAAAUUGUUUUGUAAUGGUAACAUAUAUGCUUUGAGUAACAUGCAUUUAGUAACCAAUAUUAAACAUCCCCCUUGAAAACUCGAAUAUGAGAAAUUUUGUCAAUUUUCUUUCUUGUCUGUGCAGUUGUACUCCAUGUUCUAACAGAAGCACAAGUUCAGUCUAUUCUCAGUUUAAGGGCAACAUUAUCACAUAACAGGUAAUGGUACUCAUUACUUACCAAUUGCUCUACUGUGAUCAUUGAUGUUAACAAGUUACAACUAAUUGAUGUUACAGUUCGUGAUUUGUAAAAAAUAAAUUCUUCCUAUUUUAAUAAAAAUUAA